GUGCUAUGGAAAAUUCAAUUGAUGUAAUUAUAGCUCUUUUGAAAAUUCAAUUCAAAUGUUCCUCGUCGCCUCAUCAUCUUGGUAAAGAAACUUUUGAAGUCACAAUGAGAAAUAAUGGGGAGACAAAUGCUUACUUAAGGUAA